CGCUUCAAGUGUGUCGUGAAGACGUGGAGAGAGAGCAGAGCACCGAGAGAGGGGAUAUGAACAGAGCAACGAAGCUGAACUGGAUAAGAUCCGGGUAAGUGGUAAUCGGGUCCUUGGCAUUUGGAUACCUAACUCUGGAAAUCGGGUUAAAGCCAUUCCUUCUCAGAGCCCAACAACAACAACAACAACAACAGGAAGUUCUUCAGAAUCAAGAAGAAACUCUAGACCGGGAAUCCUGAUUGCAGUAACAUUCAGGUAUUUAACUCUUCAAUCCGUAAAGAUUUUUCCACGCGAGUUUUUUUAGGGGAUGAAUUCAAUGCGUCUUUACGGUGUUGAUUGGUAUUCAAUACGGGUUUUGUGCUUCCAAGUCUCUCAGAUGUGGGGGCAAGAAAGUUUAGUGGCUAAUGAUGAAGAAAAAUGCAUGGAAGUGUGGGAUCGUAGGCGACGAACGGCUGUAGUUCAAGUUCUAUGCUAUGUGGUAUGUGACAUAUCAUUGCAUCAUAUAUAUUAUCAGAGACAAGACAAUGAUGAGUCUACAUCAUCUAGAGGUGAAAAACGGAAGCAUAGUGCUUGUGAUAGAGAAUUCGAGAAAAUAAGUGAAGCAAUUAGCACUGUUGCACAUGGUAUUAGGGAGGGAACACUCAGGCAUGUGCGUAUUCAGAGAGAGAAGUUUUUGCAGAAUUAGAAAGGCUUGGAGUUGAGCAGCACUUACACUGCCUGCCUACCCUUUUCUUAUUGAAGAUGCUGCAAGAGAGAGAGCACUUUUUGGUUGCCCAGAAGAGGAGUGCAAGGAUGUUUUGCUACAGAUGAUGUAUAAUCCACACUAUCCAUGAUUCAUUUAUGGUUGACCAGACUUGGUUUAACUGUAUAAUACUGUUUGUAGAUUUUUUAUUUAGUGCUUACUGCCGCGAUUUGGCCUUGGCAUUUUCUGUGUCCUUUAAAUUUCUCCUUGUUCCCUACUAGAAUGAUUUUGAAGUAAAUGGUUUACUUUUGAUGGA